GAAGGAGCCAGCCUGGGCUCACGCGGUGCUUCGCUUCGAGUGUCCAGCUGAGGUUUGUGUUUGCUGCUGGCUGUAGGUCCGAGGGGUGAGGAGCACAGAGUCAGGACCAUGUGGCUGUCCCCUGCUCUGCUCCUUCUCAGCUUCCCUGGCUAUCUCUCCAUCCAGGGCCCAGCAUCAGUGAGAGGCCCAGAGCAGGGGUCGGUGACAGUGCAGUGUCGCUACGGCCCGAGAUGGAAGAACUACAACAAGUGGUGGUGUCGAGGAACAACCUGGAACACAUGCAGGAUCCUCAUUCAAACCACAAGUUUGGAGAAAGAAAAGACAAUUGGCCGGCUGUCCAUCAGGGACAAUCAGAGAGACAACUUCCAAGUGACCAUGGAGAUGCUCGAGCAAAAUGACACAGGCACUUACUGGUGUGGUAUUCAGAAAACUGGAAUUGACCGUGGGGUCAGAGUUACAGUGACCGUUGACCCAGUGGGAGAAUCUACCAUGCCUUUGUCUAAACUACCUGCCAGGCCAGCCAUGAACAACAGCAUAAGUAUGGAAUUCUCUGGAUCCUCUGGAGCCUAUAAGAGGACCCACUACGUGCUCCUGGUGUUUGUGAAGGUGCCCGCCUUGAUCAUCUUAGCUGGUGCCGUUCUCUGGAUGAAGCGGUCUCAGAGGGGCUGUGGAGAACAAUGGGGACAGUCUCUCUGUAGGACUUCGGACUCUGAACUUCUGACCAAAGACAUGGCUCCUUAGACUUGAUGGAUAAGCAGAGCCUUCCUACCCUGGACCUACCCUAUUUCCAGAGGAGAUCGGGGCUGUGAAAAAAAAAUACCUUCAAGUACUCAGAGGGCAGUGACUGGGGUUGAUAGGGGCUCACCAGAUAUGAUCUCCACUCUGCACAGCUUGGGGACACAGCUUGGACAGCUCUUGAGAUGUCAUCAUAUCUGCAGUAGCCGCACCCUGCUCCUUCUUCAGGUAGCAGACACCCAUCCCACCCACUCACAUGGUCAGCUCAGGGUCAGGGCUGCUGGGAUGGAGCCCAACCUGCAUACAGACAGCCGUGUCCCCUGCUGGAAAGGCUUGGUAGAGGCUGGGACAGAAGCACAGAGAAGCAGAGGGGACCCAGUGAUGUCACUGGAUUGUUAAUCCUAUAGAUCUGUCAUAGGAAAGUCAGUGGGGUGGCAUAGGCCUGAAUAUCAGCCCUAAUCCCAGCAUGCAAUUCUCAGGAAAGCUGAGGAUCAGAGCUUGCCUGACAGGCCCAGUGUCUGGGGUAGAGAGAACACAGAAACCAAUGACUUAGCCACAGGAGCUGGGGCUGCAUUUUCCAGCAGGUCUGUUUUGAUCUGGGGCUGGAACAGAAGGCUGUAUACCCUUGAGUAGCUACAGACUACAUGGACCUAUGCUGGUUUUAACCCAAAGUAAGCACAGGGACAGCAACAUAGAAAGCAGAGAUUCUUCCCACCUGGCUCUUCCCCAUGCACCGGCACGCCUGUGCAACUGCACAGAGGAAGUUGGGCCAAGAGUAGCUCAUCAAAGUAAGUACCAGCAUCACCAGAUAGGAAGGUGAAGUCAGUAAGACCUGGGCCCCUUAUCGUGCAGUUCUCCUUUUAACUGUGGCUUUUAAAAGGCCUAGGGGCUAGAGAGAUGGCUCCACAGUUAAGAGCAUUGGCUGCUCUUUCAGAAGACCCAGAUUUGGU